AUGGCUUUGGCCGUCGAGCUCUCCACCCCCGUUACUGGUAGCUACCAGCAGCCCAUUGGCCUCUACAUCGACGGCAAGUGGGUUGAGGGUGUUGACAAAAGGAAGUUCGAGGUUAUCAACCCCUCCACUGAGGAGGUCAUCACCUCCGUCUGCGAGGGCAACGAGAAGGAUAUCGACCUCGCCGUCGCCGCCGCCCGAAAGGCCUUUGAGGGUGUCUGGAAGAAGACCACCCCCAACGAGCGAAGCGUCCUGAUGCUCAAGCUCGCCGACCUUGCUGAGAAGAACAAGGAGCUCCUCGCCGCCGUUGAGUCUCUCGACAACGGCAAGUCCAUCACCAACGCCCGCGGUGAUGUCGGCGCCGUCAUUGGCUGCAUCCGAUACUACGGAGGUUGGGCCGACAAGAUUGAGGGCAAGACCAUUGACAUUGCUCCCGGCAUGUUCCACUACACCCGCCCCGAGCCCAUCGGUGUUUGCGGUCAGAUCAUCCCUUGGAACUUCCCUCUUCUCUUGCUUGCCUGGAAGAUUGGCCCUGCCCUGGCCACCGGCAACACUAUUGUAAUGAAGACGGCUGAGCUGACUCCCCUCUCUGCCCUCGUCUUCACCCAGCUCAUCGAGGAGGCUGGCUUCCCCGCUGGUGUCUUCAACCUCGUCUCUGGUUUCGGCAAGACUGCCGGUGCUGCCCUCUCUUCCCACAUGGAUGUUGACAAGAUUGCCUUCACUGGCUCCACUGUCAUCGGCCGAACCAUCAUGAAGGCUGCUGCCGCAUCCAACCUCAAGAAGGUCACCCUUGAGCUUGGUGGCAAGUCCCCCAACAUUGUCUUUGAUGAUGCCGACAUUGAGGAGGCCAUUAACUGGGUCAACUUCGGUAUCUACUACAACCACGGUCAGUGCUGCUGCGCCGGUACCCGUAUCUACGUCCAGGAGGGCAUCUACGACAAAUUCCUGGCUGCCUUCAAGAAGCGUGCUGAGGAGAACAAGGUCGGUGACCCCUUCCUUAAGGAGACUUUCCAGGGUCCCCAGGUCUCUCAGCUCCAGUACGACCGUAUUAUGAGCUACAUCAAGUCCGGUAAGGACGAGGGUGCCACCGUCAUCACUGGUGGUGAGCGUCUCGGCAACAAGGGCUACUUCAUCAAGCCUACCAUCUUCGCCGAUGUCAGGCCCAGCAUGAAGAUCAUGCAGGAGGAGAUCUUCGGACCCGUCUGCGCCAUCUCCAAGUUCAAGGAUGAGAAGGAGGUCAUUGAUCUCGCUCAUGACACUACUUACGGUCUCGCCGCUGCCGUCCACACCAAGAACAUCAACACCGCCAUCCGCGUCAGUAACACUCUCAAGGCCGGUACCGUCUGGGUCAACUGUUAUAAUAUGCUUCAUCACCAAUUGCCUUUCGGAGGUUUCAAAGAAUCUGGAAUCGGUCGCGAGCUUGGAGAGGCUGCUCUGGCCAACUACACCCAGAACAAGUCCGUCGGUAUCAUGCUCUACGACAAUUAAGAAGUCAAAUCAAAUUGAAGGAAAUGGGAAGUUGAUAGAGCGGCCUUGUAACUGUGUGACGAAUUUGUAUAUGAUCCCCC